GUUAGACAUCAUUGAUGUACAUCAUGUUUGACAUCCCUUUCCUGUUUAGCCAUUUUACACGUGAAGUUUGUAUUCACUAAAUCAGGGAAAAUGGUUGUUCAGCCGUUAUAUAAGCCGGAUAUCAUCAAAAAGCGGACCAAACGCUUUAAGAGACACCAAUCGGACCGCUAUAAGAAGCUGAAGCCCAAUUGGCGCAAACCCAAGGGUAUUGACAAUCGUGUGAGACGUCGAUUCAAGGGUCAGAUUUUGAUGCCAAACAUCGGUUACGGCUCAUCCAAACUGACCCGUCAUAUGCUGCCCAAUGGGUUCCGCAAAGUCCUGGUCCACAACGUGAAGGAACUGGAGGUGUUGAUGAUGAUGAACAGGCGCUACUGUGCAGAGAUCGCGCACUCCGUUUCUUCGAAGAAGCGCAAAGAUAUCGUCGAAAGAGCCAAACAGUUGGCGAUUAGACUCACAAAUCCUAACGCGAGGAUCAGAAGCGAAGAGAAUGAGUAGACUUUGAAUGGGAUUUGAGUUUUGGUUAUUUAAUAAAACUAAGAGUUUUUGAUUAAAACAAUUA